CCGCGCCGCGCGUUCCCCGUUUCGGCUGUAGCCCGGGGCUCGGCAGCUUCCGCGUCCCGCUCGGCUCCGCGGCAACCUGGCUCGAUGGCACCACAGCGGAGGGGACCACCCAGGACGGCCCCGGGCAACGGCGCAGCGGAGCGCAGGCGCCAGGGCAGCACCAAGAAGGAUCGGCUGCCUCGAGAAGCACAGAGGACAUGGUUGAGGACUGUGGGCCUCGGGGCGGGGCUUGCUUUGGUAACACUCCUGAUCUGGAGCAGACUGGGAGAUGAUGAUGGUGUUGCUGAAGUCCUGGCCCGCCGUGGUGAGGUCCUGGCAGGCAGGUUCAUUGAAGUACCCUGCUCUGAGGACUAUAAUGGUCACCGAAGGUUUGAAGGCUGCACGCCCAGGAAGUGUGGCAGAGGUGUCACUGACAUGGUCAUCACCAGGGAGGAGGCGGAGCAGAUUCGAAGUAUAGCAGAGAAGGGGCUCUCCCUGGGUGGAUCCGACGGAGGGGCAUCUAUUCUGGACUUGCACUCAGGGGCCCUGUCUGUUGGGAAGCACUUUGUGAACCUAUAUAGAUAUUUUGGGGACAAAAUACAAAAUAUUUUCUCUGAAGAAGACUUCCAGUUAUACCGGGAUGUGCGGCAGAAGGUCCAGCUCACCAUUGCUGAUGCUUUCGGCAUCAGUGCCUCCUCUCUCUUUCUGACGAAGCCUACAUUCUUCUCCCGCAUAAACAGCACAGAAGCCCAAACAGCUCAUGACGAAUAUUGGCAUGCACACGUGGACAAGGUGACCUACGGCUCCUUUGAUUACACCUCACUGCUCUACCUCUCAGAUUACCUGGAAGACUUCGGUGGAGGUCGCUUUGUGUUCAUGGAGGAAGGGCUCAACAAGACAGUGGAACCCAGAGCUGGUCGGGUCUCCUUCUUCACCUCAGGGUCUGAGAACCUGCAUCGGGUAGAGAAGGUACUCUGGGGUACCCGCUAUGCCAUCACCAUCGCUUUCACCUGCAACCCUGACCAUGGCAUUGAGGACCCAGUGCUCACAUAGCUGGCUGGACCAGGCCCUGAGGACCAUCUGGAGACCAGUUCAUGGUAUCCUCAUGUAGGAUGCAGCCCUGUUGAAGGUGGUGCUACUGGGCCAUGUUGAAUGUGUGCCUGUCCCUUCCAUUUCAGCCCAUUGCCACUGCACAGAGUGCCUUAUGAAUUACCCUGACUUGAUUUGCUAAUGUUUUAAUCUUUUCAUCCGUGAGUAAAUUAAGGAAAGAGCUCUUUCCUCAGAGCUCCAUACAAUGCUCUGGGUGGUGCUCAUGGUGGCUGCAGACCUCCUUCUGGAGGGACCGCCACAUCAGUGAGAAAAACUCACUGUCAGCAGAGUCCAUCACCUCACCCUGACCACAUUUUUUAAAAUUUAAAUUUUUCUUAACUUUUUAUUGACAAUUUUAAUAAGUAUAGACAAUAAUCUAUGAUAAUCCCUCCAACCACCCCAAUUCCCCCCCAAACCGCCCUUCAUUAAAACCCUUCAUCUUUCUAAUUAA